AUAUUAGAAACUAUGUAUACGUUGGUUUUUCUCACAUGUUGAAAUCUGAAAAAAUGUACAAAUAUAUUUUAAGGAUUUAUGAAAAAUGUUUCUACACGGAUUCAAACCCACGCAACAACUCACCUCGGUUGCCAAGCAACAGACGCCUUCUUGUUUUCAAUGGUUAAGAUGUGACAGUAUGUUGUAAAAUGGCCAAAUUUGUGCUCGCUGGUAAGGCGGACUGUCCUCUGUAUGCCGAAGCGGAGCGGUUAGCAGACACUCUGCAGCGAACCCUUCCGAGCUUCAGGGUCCAUAAGAUCCCCGUCCUGCCAUCUGAGUGGGAGAGAUGGCUUGAAUCCACAUGCAAUAAAAAUGGCUGGAAACACGAGGAAAGUCCCUUAAUUUGGAGGGAGCUGGUCGAACAAGGGGGCAAAGGGAUGUUCUUGGGUGGUUACAAUGACUUUGUGGACCAUUGCCAGGUCUACUAUGGCGUCACGUCGAAAAUACCCGAAGAUGAGGUGGAGACAAUUGUAGCAGAGAAUCUUGAAACGCAACUUAGCCUCUUUGCUGAAGAACAGCAUCGCCUGAGUCUAAUUCAUCCCUGUAACGUUUGGAUCACAGGCGCUCUCUGCUUAACUUCCCAAAUCUUGAUCCCAAACCUGCUGUCUGAUGAGGUGUUCCCUGACGUUCAAACGGUUGCUCUCCACCUGCUGCACCUGAGCGGCGAUGAGGAAGAAAUGCAGAUGCUCAAGUUGGACACUGAGGAUUCGGCGCUCAGUCUGCUCCAUCGGGUGACGGUUCACACAGAUCUGGAACAGGCUUUCCAUGAAGCCCACGUCAUCAUUCUGCUGGACGAUUUCGACGCCGAUUCAGAGAGUGAGAGCGACGAGGCCAGGAAGCAGAGAGUUAAAGACUUAUCUGAGCGCUACAGAGAGUAUGGGCGCCUCAUUGAUGGACGCGCCGACAAAGAGGUGAAGGUGAUGGUGUCCGGGGUGUCUUUCGUCAACACGAGAUGCUCGCUGCUUGUGGAGAGCGCUCCUUCCAUCAGCAGCCACCAGUUUGUUGCCAUAGCAAGCCAGCUGGUGAAUGAAGUCAGAGCUGUGCUCGCAAAGAAGUUGUGCGUGAUGCCAUCAGAUGUCGCGGAUGUCAUUGUGUGGGGGAACAUCAGCGGCAGUUUCGUCGUUGACCUGCGGUGGGCGAAAGUGUUCAACUAUCCAGGGGCGGUCAGGGUACCGUCUUUCUAUUCCCAGCCGGUGCUCAGGGUUUUAUACGACAGAAAAUGGAUAGAAACAGAAUUUAAACCACUGGUCCGUCAGCAUCGUGAGGCCUUGCUUUCAACCACCGGCCGGGGAGCCGCAAUAUCAGCCACUAACGGGAUCCUGCAAGUGCUGAAGGGUUGGCACGGAGCCUUUGGUCCAGAUGAGGUUUUUUCAAUCGGUAUAGCUUGCACAGACUUGUUCAGUCUCCCACACGGCAUCAUCUCAGCUCCGGUUACAUGUACGGAGGGCAAAUGGUCUCUUGUGGAAAAUGUGAAUGUUGAAGGAAAGAUGUUGGACGAACUCGAGCUUUGUGCAGAAGAACUGCAGCAGGAAAAGGAAAUCCAAUUUCAAGAUCCUGUUUGAAAGGCGGGAAAACAAAUAAAAUGUUUGGUCAAUUCCUUCUCAUUUGGUUCCAGUUCGUCCUUUUAUUCUUCUACCUUCACAAAAGUGAAGGUUCAAGUUUUCAUUUUGCCACGUUCAACGUCAAAUCGGUUCUGCUUCGCGAAGAUGAUCCGUAACAGAUUUGUUCAUUUAGACAUAAAAGAUUAAAUAGAGAACUUUGUGGAUAAAGGAAAAAUUAAAAAAUAUAUUCCCUUUUUUCCUUAUAAUUACUAAACGUCACUUUUUAUAGCCGCUAAACAUCAAAUUAUUUUGUUAGCAUCACACGUUACCAACAUAUCGCCAUGUAUAGAAAUUUUUAAACAUUAAACUUUUAUUUCCAUCAUUAGUAACAAAAUAUCAAACUGAACCUCUUUUCACCUGAAGCAUUCAACGGUUUGUUGUUUUGUUUUUCUUUUCCAUCACAAGUUGUGCAGUACUUUGUCUGAAGACAAGGAGAACUUGAACAGAGUGCUGUUUUUACAUGCAGAAAAUACACUUCCCAUCUUUUUUUUCUUUUCUUUUUUGCAUUUCUACACUAUUAGCAACUGGGAGAAAACAUAUCAGAGAUUAGUAGAAAUACGAUGCACUACUACUGGUCAGGAAACGGAGACACAUUCCGCUGUGUUACGAUCGCUUUUGUACAACCUGAGUCGGAUGCCGAGUCGUUUAUGAAAGCAGAGAAGGCCCCUCCGUACGGACUUGAUCAUUUCUGAGCAAAUUGUGGUAGCAAUUCCCAAGCCGUUACAAGAAAGGGAGAAAGAAAAGAAAAAAAAAUAGCCGAAGUCCCUGAAAACAAAAUUUUCCUACAUGCGUGAUACACCGCAUGCAUGAACAGUAAUAGUGACAGCUAUACACAUGUAGGGCCUAUAUAACAUUUUUUUUCAGUCACAAAUGGACGAAUUAUGUACAGAUGGCAGAAAAAAUAUUAAUCGCAUCCUUCUUCUGUUUCGCCACGCAUGAAAGUCACUUGUGUGCCAUUUCUAUAUUCAUAACAUCCAAUAAUGUCAAAGCUGCAAUUUUCAGGCAACAAGUCACUAAGAAAAUUGCUUCUUUUUUUUUUUAACGAAAAUGCAGAGGUUCAGUAAGGGAUUCAUGUAAUUUUCCUACAAUUUACAUCUGGAUGUACACUGUGCCAUUAAAACACCUAUAUACAAUCAAUAUGGUAGCCAAAGGGAUAAAAAUAAACUUUCAGUCUUUCUAUACUAGCUGGCUGUUAAUUUAAAUAAUUUAUAGCAUAUAUUAAUAGUUACAAAUCUAAAUCCAUCAUUUUUACCGUCUCACAAACUUACGCUCGGACGGAUUCAGCUAGUGAGCUGCUGUAAUCAGGAGCCAGAUUCUGGUUGCCAGGCAAACACAACCCAUAACCGAUAAUCCUUCAUUCAAGUUCUGCCUCCUCAAACAUUCAGGAGGAAACCGACACAAACCUCUACUGCACCGUCUGAACCAGGGGAUACAUUUGUGGUUCAGAUACACUCAUCAUGGGAAGCAGUUUCAUUAAACUCCAUAGCUCCAUAGGUCAACCACGGUGGUGGCAGCAUCAUGGUGUGUUUUCACUGCCACUGGAACUGGUGCGUGGACAAAAAGAAUGAAGACAGGACUAAUGAAAAGUAAACAUCCAGUUGUGUCCACGUAACGGGAAUCAACUACAGGGCAAAUUUAAAUACGUUUCUGAACAAAGCAAUGCGUAUGUUUAUGUAACAACAUGGA